GCAUGCUAGGCAAGCGCUGGCUCUACCAGCUGAACUACACCCGAAGACCUCACAUCUAGGGUUGUGAUAAGUUCACACUGGAACUGAGUGCCUGGAGCAGAGUCCAGAAGGACCGAUCGUUCCAACAUCCUGAUCUCUGUCUUUUUCUCUGCAGGUCUUCCAGACUGGGUCUUCCUCUUGGUUCCACCCACAGAGUUAGGGUUGCCCCUCGGCUCCCAAGGGACAACUCUCAUUCCCCAUUUCCGUACAUCUCUAGUGAAUGGCUAAGAAAAAGUGAAGAGCCAAGCUUAGAUGCAGGCUCCGGACUGAGCACGCGAGAGACAAGCAGAAGAGGCUUCAUGUCCGCUUGGCCUGCUGCUGACGUCUGCAGGGAAACUAGGCAGCGGCCACACUGCUGUGGCAGAAGGCAGUCACCAACCAGGAAGGUCUCUAAUUAGUCUUGUGGCCCCGCCCACUUUUUUUCCUGGAUUCAAGGCGAUGUUGCCUCGAAGCAAGGACCAGGUGCUGCCACAGAACACAGUGCCCCCAGAGUGUCCCCCUCAGGUCCUCUCACAGUUUGCUGACUCCCCUCCAUCCAACUUAGCAUCUCUCUCCCCCCAUCAGUCCCUCCCUUCUCCCCACCUACCUUUGCCGGCUCAUAGGCCAGCCUAUUUUUCCUUCUCUUCUCCGCCACAGCCCCACUCUCCCGGGCCUCACUUCUACUCUUCUGACGCAAAUUUUGACUUUUUCCCCCUUCCGUUCGCUUCCUCCCUCCAGAGUUCCCCCACUUUCUUUCACCAGAACUACCCCUGUCUUCCUUGGCGACACUCAUCCCCUCCCCUCAUCUACCAGCUGGGCGCCUCCCCUCCUCUUUCCCAUCGCUCUUCUCUUUCCCAGGGACAAAAUUCCUCUCCGCACUCUUGCCAGUCUCCUCCCCACCUCCGGGGCAUCCAUAGUUCCACAGCCACGCCCCCCAGCCCCAGCCCCCCUUCUGGAGGGAUUUCCAGUAACAAACAAACAUGGCAGUGUCCUCAAUCCAAAAACACCAGGUCCCCUGUGGUGGCAGGGGGAUGCAAGGCAAGCAAGGUGGACCCUGCAGAGUUCAAGGACCCAAUGGCCCUCGCCCAAGCCCUAGUCGUGCGUGUGGGGCACCGCAGAAUUGCAACAGAUCUCCAGCUACUGUUUCUGCAGCGCCUGUGGCUCGGCACAUCCACACCCGGCCAGGCCCCAGUUGUGGAGUACCCCAUUUGUCUACAGUGCCUCCAGCCCCGCACCCCGUCUUGCCCCACCCCCAAGUACAAGAAGGGGGCAAGGCUGCUUGCCUUCCCUCAACUACUGCCCUGUGCGCAGGGCCAGGAGUCUGGGCCUCUCCGCAUAGGUAUUGGCUUCGGCCUCCACUUGUCUCUGGGCCAGGCCAAAGCCUUGCAUCUGCUACCACCAAAAAAACGGCAGGAAGCAAGUCCUCAAGGAAAGGUCGUCCUGAGGCAACCGCCUACAACCCAGACCCCAGAAACUCAAGUUAUAGACACACUCUCCCAGGCCAGGCCCCUCAAGUUUGCAGGCCUCCAAUCACUAAAAUCCAGCCAAUGUUCCGUGCCUCCAGCUCAGGCACCAAGAUGGGUCACUGCCUCCCCAAGGCCCAGAUUGUCUACAGCCCCAAAGAGGUCGGUGUCUCCAGAAUCUAUUCUCGAAAAGUUACCAUCUUAAUUCCAGAGCAGCGGAGACCCUAUGGAACACCCUCUCCAAACCCCACCCUCCCUACCAGGACUUCUCAGACCUUAGGAAGCCACAACAACACCUUGAAGGGCUGGCUGGCUGGAGGCCAAGUGUGUUCUCCUGCCCUGAACCCUGGAAACCCCUUGUGGAGUCUGCUCUCCCCUGGUUGAAGACCAGAAGCACCCAAGGCCCCAUUCAGCCUUCACUGUAUCCAAUAAAGGCUAACCCUGAGACUUGUGUCUGUGUCCUACUGUGCCCACAGGGUGGAUUCAAGGGCUGUAGGAUAAGGUCCCUCAACAAGGUUGGAGGGAAAGGAAGGUCAAGGACAGAAAGUGCCACACACCCCGGUAUCUGAGCUGCUUAGAGACCUCUGCAAGGCCCUUUUCUGGUUUAAUUCUAGUCUGUGGACACAUAAUUGGAAUCAAAGAAGAGAUCACUGGGCCCAUUUCUCAGGGCAUGCCUGAGUGGACACACAGCAGCCCAUUUUCCUCAUUGGGAAAGACAUGGUGAACAACUCAUUCACAGGCAAACAAAGAAAUCCCAUGUACAGACCAGAAGG